AUGAGGAUUUUGCUGGUUUGGACCCUUUUCCCAGGUGGCUGGGCGGUGACGGGCCCCGCACGGGUGACGGCCAAGCAGGGCGGCUCGCCGUGCUUCACCUACAUCGCCCAAACCAACGGCUCGGAGGUGACGGUGACGCAGGGCAGGGUGUCCAUCAGGGACGACCACGCGACACACUCGUUCACAGUGACGCUGAGCAACGUCAAGCCGGGGGACGCAGGCUGGUACUCCUGCGGGGUGGGGAGCAGCCUGUGGUUCAGGCUGUGGCACACCACCGAGGUGAUGGUCUCUGCAGGUAAAGCCGGGCUGGGAGCAAAGCAGGGGUCUGUUUCAGCCACAACCCAGGGCAGCACCGUGAGCUCGUUGGCCACCAACCCCCUGUGCCCCACGGGUUGUGGGGAGCCUCCAGUGGU